AUGUACACGACAGUUACGGCACUCUUUGUAUUGGUAUCUGCAUGCCAAGCAAUUUUUCCGUUUCACCAUCACCACCCAGCUAUUUCUCAUCAAGAAAUCGAGAAACAUGUCGGACCCCACCACACCGUGGGAAUACACCACCCAGUACCGAUACCCAUUCAUCACCAUGUGCCUUUAGUUCAUCACAUCCCACACCAUCAUAUUCCAAUUCAUCAUGAUCACUACGCAUUUCCGGAGUACAAAUUCGCGUACUCCGUUCACGACCAUCAUACCGGAGAUGUGAAAUCUCAACAUGAGCUCAGACAUGGCGAUGUUGUGAGGGGAGGAUACGAGCUUGUUGAACCUGACGGUCGCUUCAGGAAAGUGGAGUACAAGGCCGAUGACCACACUGGGUAUGAUUUCAGUUGA